AUGGCUAAGCAAAUCUCCAGCGCCGGCGUCAAGGCCGCAGGGCCAGGGCCAGAGCCAGAGGCGUCCCGCGACGUGGGCAAGGCGGCGGCCGCGACGAUGAUGGCCGGGCCGCUCGCGGGCGGCGACCACGACAUGGUGGGCGAGACGAGCGAGGAGAUGGACCAGGAGCGGCUCAAGCAGAUCGCGGCGGCGGGCAACGCGCACUUCCACCGGCUGGGAUGGAAGCGGCUGGCCGUGGUGACCAUCGUCGAGGCCGUGGCCCUGGGGGCGCUCAGCCUGCCGGCGGCCUUCCACACGCUGGGCAUGCUGGCGGGCGUGGUGCUGACGGUGACGCUCGGCUUCGUCGCCAUCUUCACGAGCUGGCUCGUCGGCCAGGUCAAGCUGAGGCACCCCGAGGCGGCCAGCUACGCCGACGCCGGCAGGCUGCUGCUGGGCCGGCUCGGCUACGAGGUCUUUGGCGCCGCGCUGGUGCUCGAGCUCGUCAUGGUGGUCGGCUCGCACGCGCUCACGGGCAGCAUCGCCCUGGGCAGCCUCGCCGGCGGCGGCGGCCGCGUCUGCUCCAUCGUCUUCUCGGCCGUGUCGGCCGUCGUGCUGCUCCUCCUGGCCCUGCCGCCGUCCUUCAGCGAGGUGGCCAUCCUGGGCUACGUCGACUUUGCCUCCAUCGUGGCCGCCGUGGGCGUCACCGUCGUCGCCACCGGCGUCCAGGCCGCCGACGGCCCCGGCGGUCUCGCGGCCGUCGCCUGGUCGGCCUGGCCCAAGGACGGCGUCGGCUUCUCGCAGGCCUUUGUGGCCGUCAGCAACAUCAUCUUCGCCUUCAGCUUCGCCAUCGGCCAGUUCUCCUUCAUGGACGAGAUGCACACGCCCGCCGACUACAUGAAGUCCAUCUGGGCCUCGGGCCUGAUCCAGAUCGCCAUCUACACCCUCACCGGCGCCCUGUGCUACGCCUUUGUCGGGCCCUCGGUCCAGUCGCCCGCCCUGCUCUCGGCCGGGCCCCUCGUCUCCAGGAUCGCCUUCGGCGUCGCCCUGCCCGUCAUCUUCAUCUCGGGCUCCAUCAACUCGACCGUCGCGCUGCGCUACAUCCACGGCCGCAUCUUCCGCGGCUCGGUCCUGCGCUACGUCAAGACGCCCGCCGGCUGGGCCACCUGGAUCGGCCUCGUCGCCGUCUUCACCCUCUUCGCCUGGGUCAUCGCCGAGGCCAUCCCCAUCUUCUCCGACCUGCUCUCGCUGGCCUCGGCCCUCUUCGUCUCCGGCUUCUCCUUCUGGAUCCCCGCCAUCAUGUGGUUCAGGCUGCUCUGCAGGGGCAAGUGGUACGCCGGCGGCAACCUGCUCAUCAGCCUCGGCAGCAUCCUGGCCUUUGUCAUUGGCGCCGUCACCCUCGUCGCCGGCACCUACUCGACCAUUGUGGACAUUAUCAAGGAGACGAGUGACGGCUCAGCCCACAGGCCCUUUGCCUGCCGAUCAAGUUAG